UGUCCGGAGACAUGGCGAAACCACUACUCCGGAUCUGUGGCGCAGGUCGCUCUCUCAGCCACAUUUGGGCACCGACUUCAGCUCAGCCACCGACUGCUAGGGAGCGGGGGCUUGAUCUCACGCGUCGAGCUAAUACCGGCCCGAGCACCGUCGCGGUUGGGCGUGCUGUCCAAUGAUGGCCCCGUUGCUAUGCCGUUGCUAUUGUUUGCAUGGGGCUCGUUGACGAACUUUGUACCAAUUUUCGACAUGGGUCACGCUUCGCGGUGCCAUUGUGCCACUUCGCGUCGAACUGACUGCUCACUCCCAAGUCUGUAUGCCACGGUGCAAAGGCCAUCAACUGCAAGGCUAUUAAUUACACUGGCCCGCCUCAAGCCGAUUUGCUCUUCAUUCUCACAGCCUUGAACAAAUUCCAUUCACCCCAGAUCCGUGUCUUGUCGCGUGUUCCCUGCCAUAUUAAGAUCGCGUCUCCAGCCAAAUCACUGGUUUUAUUCAGCGUCUGCAGGGCCAGCCGCGAGCAAGACAGCUUCCCGUCCAAUCCUCGCGUCCAAAAAGGUGGAACUCCAGCCCAUCUGACGUAGCAACGCUGCGUUGAGCCAGUCAACCACCCCAGAGCAGCCGCGCUCUGGAACAGGUACGUACCUCCUCACCAGCCUCUCCGCCAGCCCCACUUUGGCUCUGCUGCGAGCUCCACCAGACUCGUCAAAACAUGACUUGCACC